GGCCAGUGAAAUGUGUUUCUGUCGGAGUCUGUCUAGCUGAGGAUGUGAUAGUUGUCGUCGCUAACCACAGCAGCCACAUGAUGCUCUGCAAGGGGAAGCACUUUUUUAGAAGUUGAUAUUAAGAUAAGGUGCAAACUGUUUUUUUUUCUGAAUUGACAAUGUCGCCUAGGCUUAUUUCAAAUGCAAAUAAUCCUCCUGCUCUGGACUGGAAAUACUGGCGUUAGGUAAAGUUGUUUCACUCGUGUUGAACGGCAUUUGAAGGACAUAACAAUGAAUCAUUAUAAUGAAUCCAUGACAGGGAAAACCAUGGUCCCGACCAUUCCGUCUAUUAUGUUCAUUUUCGGGGUUGUUGGGAAUGUCAUCGCCAUCGUGGUUCUUUGUAAAUCUCGCAAAGAACAGAAAGAAACCACGUUUUACACGCUGGUGUGUGGACUGGCCGUCACGGACCUCCUGGGCACACUGCUGGCCAGUCCGGUCACCAUCGCCACUUAUGUGAAAGGCUCGUGGCCCGGAGAGGACCCGCUGUGCCAGUACUUUGGAUUCACCUUGCUUUUCUUCUCUCUGGCGGGGCUCAGUAUCAUCUGCGCCAUGUCGGUGGAGAGAUACGUCGCUAUAAACCAUGCUUACUUCUACAAUGACUAUGUGGACCAAAAACUGGCGGGUUUGACUCUUUUGGCUAUCUACAUCUCAAACGCGCUUUUCUGCGCCCUGCCGAUAAGCGGCUUUGGACAGGUGAAGAAGCAAUACCCGCAAACUUGGUGUUUUUUAGAGUGGAGGAGCAACAAGACCAGCGAUGCCGCUUACUCCUAUAUGUAUGCGGGUUUCAGCUCUAUUCUUAUUCUCGCCACUGUUAUCUGUAACGUGCUGGUGUGCGUGGCUUUGAUCCGGAUGCACCGACGCUUCGUACGCAGGAUGUCACUGGGAACCGAUCAGGGGCGCAACGUGGACCCGCAGAGGAGAGGACGCAGCUUUGGACGUCUGGCCGGUGCAGAGAUUCAGAUGGUCAUUCUUCUUAUAGGCACUUCGAUAGUGGUGCUUAUUUGCUCCAUCCCACUUGUUGCUCAGGUGUUUUUGAACCAGCUGUAUAAGACUCCAGUGGAGCUGAGGUUGGAGAAAAACCCUGAUCUACGAGCGAUACGCUUCGCCUCUUUUAACCCCAUUCUUGACCCCUGGAUCUACAUCCUGCUCCGCAAGGCUGUUCUUCUCAAACUCAUUGAAAAAAUCAAGUGCUUGUUUUGCAAGAUGGGAGCACGGAGGCAACAGAGACAGGAAAACUUCAACUGUAUAGAUGCUCAUCAACUCUCCUCUGCCAUCUCUAACCGGGACUCACACUCCCUGGUUUCUCAAAACCUGCAAGACUUCACCUGCAGCUCCCAGACCUUCCUCUACCUGCAAGAGGGAAGUGAAAUGUACAACGAAAGCUGCUAUGAAGCAGAUAGAGUCUCUGGUUUACGACCUUCAUCGGUCAGAAACUCACAAGCUUCCUAUUCGUCUGAGCAGGGCAGCGUUGAGGUUCAGAGUAGAGAAGGGACAAAUGUAUAUAGGGACCUUUCAGCUCUGCCAUGCCCAAAAGACCCAGCACUUCAGGUGUCGUUAAGCACUGAGACAGUGGAGGAGAAAUGUAUCUGACUUAUCUCUGAGUUAGGAGAAAGUUCUCAGUUCCCUCGGGUAGAUUGUCCACUGAAUGACUUCCUCCAAAAGUAAACUUUUAAACCUCGGAAAAAUGGGAGGAAGGCACAUGAAAAUAAUAAAAGACUCUUCUUGUAAAGUCGGGCACAUGAAGCUAGAAAGAGAAAAAGAUAAUCUUGAAGUGCUUUGAGCUUUAUCGUCUUGUUGCUCUCUGUUUCAGCACCCAGCUACCUCAAGUGAUGACCAUCUCUGACUAUGUGAGCAGAUUUGGUUAUUUUGCCCAAAACAGAUGUUCUAACAGAGACAACCUACUUUUUCAUGACGCAAGUGUCAGUGAUGGAAAAGCUAUCCUUCCUUAUAUCAGUUACUUUAUUCAAUCAUUGUGGAACUCUUUACUGUAAAGUAGAUGGGGCUCAGUUGUUUAGAAUAAGUGAGUCACAAGCUUGUGGUCAAUAUGGUAAAUGAAAGUAAUCACUAGUUCUUCCAUUGUAUGGAUUGGAUUUAACAAACUCUAUUGUACAGUGCUUCUCGAAGGACGUGUUGUGUUAGUUCCAUGACAGUGCAGUAUUAUUAUGUGAUAAACACGACUAAUUGUUCCAUAGCCCUGGAUAAACACACAUUUCAAUCAGGAGUGACUUUGUUGCAGAUAUGCAAAGAUUUAUUGUACAUAAGCAUAAUAUGAAAUGUACAGAGUCUUUGGGGAUUAGACUCCCUCCUUCAAAAUAUUUUAAAGGGGUAGAGAAGCCAGACAUAUUCCCCCCCGAUGGAGCCACUGGUGAUGGCGGAGAGGGAACCCGGAGACUGAACGAAGGACCUGUUUGCCGGAAAGGGACUCAGGUUGCAGUGGUUGGCGAUGCCCGGAGGUGGAAGGGGAGGAGGAGGGUUGCACGUUUGCCUGAAAAGACAGCUGAUAGCAAGGAGAGAAGACAUUUAA